AUGGCCAAACGUAAUCGGAAGAAGAGAAGACGAACUCGACCUCACGCUCAAACUGAGCCCUUUACACCUCAACCGACACCUUAUGGAUAUCCCCCAGGGCCUUCUGGGUCUUCGACGCCUCAUGGGUCUUCCCCAGAACCAUCUGGGUCUCCGACGCCUUAUGGGACUCCACGGAGACGUUCUGGGUCUAGCCCGAGACCUACUGAGCUUCCAAUUUGGUCUCAACCUGGACCUUCAGACCUUGUACCUACUUGGCCUCGACCUGGAGAUUAUAAGGCUAGAAUUCGAACUGCUCCAGUUAUGACUCCAGAAGAGGCUCAAGCCCAAAAGGAUGCUAGCGCCGAGUCCGAAGCAAAAUAUCAAGCUAUGUUGCUUGAUCAACUUUAUCCCCCCUCAGAAAGUGAUGCCGAAGCUGAUGAAGAACACGCAGCCAGAGCCCAAGCCAGUAUUGAGGCCGAAAAUAAAUGCUGA